GGUUUGACAGUCUCUCCCAGUUGGCACCCGCGACCCAUGAUGCUUUGGGGCAGCCAGAGAGGGUGGGAGGUGGUGGGGGUGGGGGGGCGCAGAGCGAGAGGAGGCGACUGGCUGAGUUGGCUGAAGAACGGCAGACGGACAGAAAAAGAAGGACGCGGCGGUUCAGAAAUAAAGCGGCGAUGAAAAGGGCGGACAUGAAAAGAAACAUGAAAGAAGGAACUUGCCAUUAAAACACUCGGCCACCUCGUUGCUUUCUUCUCUUCUCUUCAAUUUCAUCUCAAAUCAAGUCCAGUUGGACCACCACCCCGAGGGGCCGCUCAGCUUCUCUCCUCGCCUUCCUGUAAGUAUUUUCCUCCUUCAUUGGCAGCCCGCUCUUUGCUCCUCUUCGACUGUCCUAGCGCCACGCUCACGUCUUUGUUGUUUGAGAGAAGAAUAAUGCGCUAGUGGCCAGUAAAUGUUUUGAGGGGGGGGGGGGGGUUAACUUUGCUGCUAAGACUAGUCUUGAAAAUUAAAAAAAAAAAACAUUUGGAAUAUUUACUGAAUUUGAACAAAAUCAUCUGCCAAGCUAAUUUGACCGAGUUAGCUUAGCUAGCUAGCCUAAAAAAAAAGCAAAAAACAACAAAAAAAAAGGGAAUUUAAGCUAAAUUAUCCACCACUAAAAUUGUUCUAUGUUAGCAUAGCUAGGUAGCCUCGAAAAAAAAGUGUCAUGUUUGACAGAAUUUAAUCAAAAUUAUCCACAAAUAAAAUUUUGAUUAAGCAUGGCUAGCUUAAAAAAAAGAAGAAAAACACAACGCUCUGAUAUCAGAGAAGAGGCAGCAAGCGGUUUGAUGCCCCAACCAAAGGUCAAAGUACACAUAAAACAAAGUGAAUGACAUGUCGUGUAUUUCAAACAACAACUUUACAACUUUUUGGUUUGCUCCUGAAUGCUAAUCGGAAACACCUUUGACAUGCUAACCGACAGCAUCUGUGGACUGGUGUUUUCACGCUACAAGCAUCGCAUUUCGGAACGAAAAACAUCAACAAAAUCCUCACAGACUUCUCCAUCUCCAUAAAAAAGAACUAACGUCGCUGCAAAUUGUGAAACUCGUCUUUUGAUUGUAACGGCCUGACUAGAAUUUGACGCAUUGUGAUCAUGGCGGGCCGUCCACAGGGGAUGUAGACUGUGCCUCGAUUAAUCUCACUUAGUGUCCGUCAGUGGAUUUGCGAGCAUUUGGCUCUCUCACGUUGUCGCCUUCCCCGCAGUGACACCCGGAAAAAGGCAAAGAAGAGGUUGCAUUCGUCCUGGCGGACGCACACCGCGUUGAGCCUCUUGUGUCUCUGUGCCUCGUCGCCCUUCGGAGCCGCCAUGACGCUGCUUGCUUCCGAGAGGUCGCUCCUCAUCCGGAACAAGUUCCGCUCAGUGCUGCAGUUGAGGAUUCAGAACCGAAGGCAGAGUGAGAUCAAUGCAGACUUGGGCUUGAAGUCGACAAGUUCCACUAAAAACAAAGAAAAAGACAAAAGUGAAGCUCCGCGUCCAACUGACGGUGGUGCAGGAAGACAUGCAAAGACGCCCCCUGGUGGAGUCGCUCCUGCAAGCGUGCAAGGUGAUACCGGGACAAAUGCACACAAAAUAAACUGCCGGAGCUGCUCCGCGCGUCUCUGUUUUCUGGCUGUCCUUUUCCACCUUAUAUUCCAGUCGUAUUAUAAACGCGCACAUUUCCACGUUUUUUUUGGGCAUUUAACUUGUCUGGGACAAGCUCUUGUCAAAAUACACAGAGGAUCAUUAACUCAUUUCACUCCCAAAGACGCCUCGGCCUUCCAUUUGCCGCUGGGGCUCUCCGAUGACCGAUUGCUGAGCGACUCGUCAUCGGCGGGCCCGCCCCUCAACCGCGGUCCGCUUCUAAUUCAGUCCGCUUCGGCGUCGCUCCCGGCAACCGAGGGCAGCCGAGCGCCGGGCACGUGCCAAAGCAACUCCACUGCGGGCGCGGCUCGACCAAACGGGAUCUUUCUGAUUUCCCCGCCCCCGCCCCUGCUGCCAAAGACAGCCGGGCCUCCAAGUCCUGCCGGUUCCUCUUCACCGACGGCCGCCUUCAACCUCGGCCACCUCGCUCCCUCACGGAAACCGCGGGACACCAAACCCAAGAUGAAGAAACUCAAGUAUCACCAGUACAUUCCUCCCGACCAGAGAGGGGCGGCGUCUGGGCCCGGAGAGGGAGGAGCCAAACAGAAAAGCCCUCCUACCCAGCCAUUAGGCGCCGCCAAUUCUCAUCUGCUCAAGCAGCAACAAGUCUUUCUCCAGCUGCAAAUCCUUCAGCAGCAGCAGCAGGAGCAGGAGCAGGAACAAGUCGGCGUGCUGUGCAGUGAACCCGCCGCCGCCGCCAAGCGCACGCCAAAGGACACAAACAAUGCGCCCAAACCGGAGCUCCUUCCAGCAAAUCUCGUUGAUCUCAAAGUGUCCGAGUUGAGGCAGCAGCUGCGCAAGCGAGGCCUCCCCGUCUCCGGCACCAAGCCGGCCCUGUUGCAGCGCCUUCGCCCCUUCCAGCUCCCGCCCUCGCGCGCCACUCCUGCGUCCCUCCGUCCGCCCCCCACGGACCCCCCUGGCCCGCUUCCCGGCUUGAGCCGCAGCUCGACGGACUCGCCUGGAAGCGGCCCCGACCGACGGACGUACGCGUCGGAUCGCCGAGUCCUGAACGGCGUUCCGAACGUAGCCGACGGCCUCUCCGUCAGUCUGUCCGGCGAACGUUGCGGUCCUCUGGACGCGGUCUUCCUCGCUCCCGCCUGCACCGCCUCCGGAACCCCGAGUCCCAGUUUACCCACGUCGUCCUCGUCGCCCCUGCGGCGCGGCGCCGCCUGGAGGACCGAGCCGGCCGCCGACUCGGACGGGAAAGAGCGGAUCAAUUGCGGGGCGAGAGAAGCCCCGCCCAACACUGUCCAACAAUCUUGCGCCAGAUCCCUUCAUCCGUUCCUGCAACAGGAACCAGGGUGCAGGAGGGGGGACCUGGAAAGGGAUCCUGGAACCGAGGUGUUGUUUGCUCAGGUCCUCUGCUCCAGGCCUUGGCCCGCCGAUACCAUCGGCCGAGACUUUGAGCUGCCGCUGCGGAUCACGGCGAGCCCGGUCCAAAACUCGCCUGGCGUUCAUAGCUUGGAGGAGGAGCUCCAGGAGGCCAUCCUGAAAGCGCAAAUUGAGGGAGGAGCCAAACAGAAAAGCCCUCCUACCCAGCCAUUAGGCGCCGCCAAUUCUCAUCUGCUCCAGCAGCAACAAGUCUUUCUCCAGCUGCAAAUCCCGCAGCAGCAGCAGCAGGAGCAGCAACAGGAACAAGUCGGCGUGCUGCGCAGACCAGCCGCCGCCGCCGCCAAGCGCACGCCAAAGGACACAAACAAUGCGCCCAAACCGGAGCUCCUCCCAGCAAAUCUCGUUGAUCUCAAAGUGUCCGAGUUGAGGCAGCAGCUGCGCAAGCGAGGCCUCCCCGUCUCCGGCACCAAGCCGGCCCUGUUGCAGCGCCUUCGCCCCUUCCAGCUCCCGCCCUCGCGCGCCACUUCUGCGCCCCUCUGUCCGCCCCCCACGGCCCCCCCUGGCCCGCUUCCCGGCUUGAGCCGCAGCUCGGCGGACUCGCCCGGAAGCGGCCCCGACCGACGGACGUACGCGUCGGAUCGCCGAGUCCCAAACGGCGUUCCGAACGUAGCCGACGGCCUCUCCGUCAGUCUGUCCGGCGAACGUUGCGGUCCUCUGGACGCGGUCUUCCUCGCUCCUGCCUGCACCGCCUCCGGAACCCCGAGUCCCAGUUUACCCACGUCGUCCUCGUCGCCCCCGCGGCGCGGCGCCGCCUGGAGGACCGAGCCGGCCGCCGACUCGGACGGGAAAGAGCGGAUCAAUUGCGGGGCGAGGGAAGCCCCGCCCAACACUGUCCAACAAUCUUGCGCCAGAUCCCUUCAUCCGUUCCUGCAACAGGAACCAGGGUGCAGGAGGGGGGACCUGGAAAGGGAUCCUGGAACCGAGGUGUUGUUUGCUCAGGUCCUCUGCUCCAGGCCUUGGCCCGCCGAUACGAUCGGCCGAGACUUUGAGCUGCCGCUGCGGAUCACGGCGAGCCCGGUCCAAAACUCGCCUGGCGUUCGUAGCUUGGAGGAGGAGCUCCAGGAGGCCAUCCUGAAAGCGCAGAUGGACCCUCGACAAUCCAUCGAUGACAUUCUGGAUGAGCGCAGCGCUUCCGUCGACUCUGUCCACAAAUCUCCUCCGCCGUCAUCUCCUCCUCCCCAAGCGGAUCCGUCGCAGAAAUGCCAGCGGCACUCCGAGGACAGCGGCUUCCUGCCUCUCUGCUCCUCGCUUCUCCUGGAGCUGCCCCCGUCUCCCGCCGCGAGUCACGCCAUCCCGGCGCCGCCGGCGCCCCUUUGCGCCUCGCCUCCGCCGCACUUUUCCGGCAAGUCGCGGAAGCGUCGGGCGCAGGCCGCCUUCGAGGCCGCCGACAUCCUGGAGACGCUGACGUCCGGCUUGCGACUGCUCACGCCGCCGCCGCCGCCUCCCUUCGCGGAGGCCGACUUCAGUCUGGAUUCGGAUCUCAACAUCAAUCGAGUGUUGGAUCUGAUGAUCGAGCAGUGGUGAGGAAGCGUCCGGACUGCUCUGCCGCUGGCUACGCGCAGUCCGUCCGUCCUUUCUUUCGUAGUUUCUCCCUUCUUUCAUCUUUGCUGACUUCGUUCUUUUCCCGUCGUCCCGCCUCGGACCCGAGACGUUUUUCCUCCGUUGAUCCCCGCGAUUUGUACCGAUGGUGCCUCGCUCCCGAUCUUCCUUUUGUCUUUCCAGCACCUGCAAAAUCCCUCCGCAGUACGCAUCAUUCCUUCCUUGGUUCCUACUUUCUUUUCCUUCUUCGUUCCGUCGACUGCGCUUUCUCCCUUCCAAUUUCCGGACGGAAAGAAAAUCCAUCCAUCCAUCCGGCCGGCCAGCACUGCUGUCAGAAUGAUUGACUCCACGCAAGGUCGGGGGUUUGAUUUGUUGCAGUGUUGAGUUCAUAAAAGCUAGGACGGGAGAAACGGACACAAAGCUCCGCACGGGGUGGCCCGCAAAAUGUUCUCGUUCUUUGACUGACCAUUACGCAAGUAUUUCCGUUUUGAUUCGGGUAUUUAUUGACUUUGAU